AUGUCUACGAUACACAGCAGUGAAGUAACCGGAAAUCUCACCAAUGAGAAAGUUUUCGUCGGAGAUGAGGCCGGGGUUUAUGCUCGAUUCCAGCAAGCUGCUGGACAGGUCCUUGGUGCAGUAUUCGAGGCUCAAUCAAUCAAUAUAGCACUAGGGGACUUCAAGUCCACUGGACUUGCAUACAGCAAGACCCCCGACGUGGUCAUGCUCUCUUUACCCGAUCUGCAAAACGCCAAUGCGCAGCAACUAAGAGUUGUCGGCGAAGUCAAGGUACCGUGGUUGAUGGAGCAUCGACUUGACUUGUGUGCUACAAAUUCAACUUUGUUGCGAGAGGUCCUUGCGCAACCUAUUUCAUACAUGUUAGACCUUGGUUGUGUGUAUGGCUUCAUCACCAAUUACCGCCAGACCAUAUUCUUACGACAAAGUCAGGUCGGAUCAACUUGGAGAAUUGAGCAUUCCCCCGUGAUCAAAUCAUCCGUCAGAUAUGCGCCUCUAGACCCCGAAAAUCAGUCUACCGGACCUGUGUUGUCCUUCAAUCAAUGUCUUCUGUAUCUUGCUACCAUUGCUGAAGCCCAGGGGCCGAUUUCCAAUCCCACUCCUCGCAGUCAAUGGAUCAGACGGCGUUAA